AUGACCAAGGAAACAAUCGAUCAUCUAGCAACUAUUUUUCCAAUAAAUCGUGACGCAUUGAAAUCUACAUCAAAACAUCAACGAAGUGUUUCAAUUCUUAAAGAAUUCAGUUUAAAUACAUCAGCACAUGGUAUACCAAGUAUUGUUCGUAGUCAUAGUAUUCAGAAUCGUUUAUUUUGGAUUAUAUCAUUAUAUUUUCAAUAUCCAACGCAAACAUCUGUAUCAUUUGUUACUGAAUGGCCUCAAGCUUUUCCAGCAGUUACUAUUUGUAAUUAUUCUCCAAUACGAUAUGAUCGAUUUAUUAUUCCUUUUUUAAAUUAUACAAAUAUGCUUAAUUUAACAAAUACAAAUUCUUUUACAAUGGAAUUAUCAUUAUAUAUUCAUGGUUUUUUACUUUAUAAAAUAAAUCGAAAUGAAUCUUUAAAUGAUUUUUCUUAUUCACUUGAUUCAAUGAUGAUGUCUUGUGUUUACAAUAGAAUGACAUGUACAACAGCUAAUUUUACUUGGUUUUUAUCACCAGUCUAUGAUCUUUGUUAUACAUUCAAUGCUCUAUUAAAAAAUGUUGGUAUCAAUGGGUUAAAAUAUAAUUCUGAUAAUGGAGUCAAUGGUUUACUUGAAUUACGUCUUUAUGCACAUCAAUUCAUAUUCAACUUUGUGAUUUUAAAAAUCCAUGUUAUGCUGAAGCAGCAACAGAAAUUAUGA